AUGAUUACUGGCAGCACCGACGGUAAAAUAAUGGUCAGAAGAUGUCUAGUAACGUUCAAGCCGUUCAGGAUAUUCGUGGUGGGAAUAGGCUUCUUCAGCCUGUGCUUUCUAAUGACCUCUCUGGGGGGGCAGUUCUCAGCAAAGAGACUGGGGGACUCCCCAUUCACCAUCCGCACAGAAGUGCUGGGAGGCGUGGAGUCACGUGGUGUGCUGAGGAAGAUCAGUGACAUGCUGGAGGUGAUUCUGAAGAGGAUGGACAGUCUGUCCAAACUCGACAACACCUCCACCACCGACGCACGGCGCCUGGAUGAGCUCAGCUCUGCUAUCAACAGGUUUCAACCAGCCGGCCUGGUGGAGAAGAUCCAAGCUAUAGCCCAGAAUGUCUCCAACAUUGCCAUCAGGGUGGAGCAAAUACUGCAAAACAGCAUGGUGCAAGGACGAGCAGUGAGAGAUGGGACGUCAAGCCAGUGUGAAGUACCAAGAGACCCACGCUUUCCAGAGUGUCCUGGGAAAGUAGAUUGGAUGCGAGCGCGUUGGACCUCGGACCCUUGCUAUGCCUUCUAUGGUGUUGACGGCUCAGACUGCUCCUUCCUCAUCUACCUGAGUGAGGUGGAGUGGUUCUGCCCACCACUGACCUGGAGGAACCACAGCAGCCCCCCUACACAGAAUGUACAACAGGCAAAGGCCCCCAGGAGACAGGCUGCUUUCCGCACAGAUCUCUCUGUACUUCUGGACCAGGUUGGGACAGGCAAGGAAUCCCUCAGCUUCAUGAAGCGCCGAAUACGCCGCCUCGCACAGCAGUGGGCAACGGCCGCCAACCGCCUGGAUGCAAAGCUGGAGCAACGAUGGAGGGACCAGAAGAAGAUCCUGGUCCAUGUAGGCUUUCUAACAGAGGAGUCUGGAGAUGUUUUCAGCCCCAAGGUGCUGAAGGGGGGUCCACUGGGAGAGAUGGUCCAGUGGGCUGACAUCCUCACCGCCCUUCAUGUUCUGGGACAUAACCUCAAGAUUUCCAUGUCGGUCAAGGAGCUACAGGGCUUUCUCGGCGUGCCUCCGGGCAGAGGCAGUUGCCCACUCACUGGCCCGCUGCCCUUUGACCUCAUCUACACUGACUACCAUGGCCUGCAGCAGAUGAAGCAACACAUGGGGCUCUCACUCAAGAAACACAAAUGUCACAUUCGAGUGAUUGACACCUUUGGGACAGAGCCAGCUUACAAUCAUGAGGAGUAUGCUACCCUGCACGGCUACCGGACCAACUGGGGCUACUGGAACCUCAAUGCCAGACAGUACAUGACCAUGUUCCCUCACACACCAGACAACUCAUUCAUGGGCUUCGUUUCGGAGGAGCUGAAUGAGACAGAGAAGAGGAGCAUUCAGCAGAACAAAGUCAACAACAUGGCCGUUGUGUACGGGAAAGAGGCCAGCAUGUGGAAGCUUCAGGGUAAGGAAGGUUUCCUGCAGAUUCUCCACAGGUACAUGGAGGUCCAUGGCACAGUGUACUAUGAGACUCAGAGGCCUCCCGAGGUCCCGGCUUUUGUGAAGAACCACGGCCUGCUGCCCCAGCAUGAACUGCAGCAACUGCUGCGCAGGGCCAAGCUUUUUAUUGGCUUUGGUUUCCCCUACGAAGGCCCUGCCCCUCUUGAAGCAAUAGCCAAUGGUUGCAUUUUCCUCCAACCCAAGUUCCACCCACCUCACAGCUCACUCAAUCACGAGUUUUUCAGAGGCAAGCCCACUUCUAGAGAGGUGUCCUCCCAGCACCCAUAUGCAGAGCAGUACAUUGGCAGACCUCACGUCAUGACAGUGGACUACAACAACUCCCUGGAGUUCGACUCUGCCAUCAGGGAAAUCAUGAGGACCAAGGUUGAGCCUUAUCUGCCUUAUGAAUACACCUGUGAGGGGAUGCUGGAGAGAGUACAUGCCUACAUACAGCAUCAGGACUUCUGUGCUCCAGAGCCUCCCUUCACUCCAGCCAACCUCUCCAAACAGGGGUCUGCCGGUGGCAGCAGGGUUACAGGACCUCUGUUUGUGCCUCUGCCCAAUUCCACAGUCCUUGGUUGGGCGUCCAAUGUGACGGCUCCCCCUGCCUGGCCUCCUCUCACCUCCCUCAGGUUGCUUGUAUCUCAAGAGGGCCAGUCCUGUGUGGAGGCAUGCCAGUCUGCCGGCUUCAUCUGUGAGCCCGCUCACUUCCGCUUCAUCAACAACAAGGAGGCCCUGCGUGGGUUGGAGGUGCAGUGCGAGGUGGUAGACUCAGAGAUCAACCACAUCCUCCCAGCCUUCUCGGUGGUGCGGCAGGAGUGCGGCCUGCAGCGGGAACCCCUCCUCUUCAGCUGUGCAGGUCACUCCCCCAAAUACAGACGUCUUUGCCCCUGCAGAGACUUCCGCCGCGGCCAGGUGGCGCUGUGCAGAGACUGUCUAUAAUGACAGGGCAUGUGAAGGGAAGAUACAAAAGAAUUAGACACAGAUUGGCAGGGGAAAGAGGGACACUGGAAGGCAGCUACAGCCAGAGCGGGUGUGACAAAUUACCUAAUGGUGCAGGAAGGCAGCUUCCCCCCAAAACAGUAAAUGUAGGAUGAUGAGGGACAGGCAUGCAGUGAUUUGAGGAGCUUAAAGUAGGCUUGGAUAGCUGCCAGUUUGAUUGUGGUUGACUGUAGUUGUUAAAGCAGCUACUAUUCUGUAACAGGCUGGAGACGUACUGGGUAGCUGCAAGACUUCCUAGAACAGGGUAGCGAUGAUACCACUUGUCAUUACAAUGAGGAAGUACAUUCCACUGAAGGGGCAAAGGCUGGGUUACAACUCACCAAGCCAACCAACUUUCACAUUAACCCUCCGACUACAGGAUAAUAGUUUCUACAAGAUGUGAUACACAACAUUUCAUUUUUGGAACUGUAUCUUGCUGAAAAUAAGGGGUUUAAGUUGGAAAAUGUACACUUGUGACUGCAGAGAGACUCAGUAUUGGGACUACAGUGUCAUUCCAUGACAGAGUCUUCAAAUAUCUUGGCUUGGAGAAGGCAACCAUGGGUCAAUAUCCAAUCUCCUCUCUGCACUUGGACAAAGGAUG